AUGUCGGCCGACAAUGAGACUGCCGCUCACCGAGCAGCCAAAUGCAUACGCACAUUAGCCGACAAAUUCCCAGAGCCCUGUGGAGCGACUGAAGCCUGGCGAAAUGUGGAUGAUGUUGCUUAUGCCCUUUCUCAGAUCUCUCUCUUUACACCAAGGCCCAUCAAGAUUAUUGCGAUAGGUGCCGGCUUUGGUGGAUUGGCGAUUGCCCACGCGGUAGAAUCUGGUGCUCUUCCAGCAGCCGAGCUCACAAUAUAUGAAAAAGAUGCUGGGAUUGGAGGAACCUGGUUCGAGAACAGAUAUCCAGGAUGCGCCUGCGACAUUCCUGCCCACAAUUAUCAGUUUUCGUGGGCGCCUAAUCCGUAUUGGAAAAGCUUCUAUGCGGACCGAAGCGAUAUUCACAACUACAUACAGGCUGUCGCAGACCAGGUCACAAAAGCCGAGUGGAACGAAGUGAAGCAGCGAUGGCAAGUCACAGUUCGCAAAACGGACGGCCGGGACAUAGCUAUUUCCAGCCCUGGAAUCACUGAAGGAGAAAUCGAGGAAACCAUCAACACCGAAUGUGACAUUUUGAUCAACGCCGCUGGAUUUUUCAACAACUGGAAAUGGCCCGCCAUUCCCGGCCGAGAAAGCUUUCAAGGAACAAUUUUUCACUCAGCUGCUUGGCCCAAGGAUGCUGAGAAGAGUCUUGACGGUAAGACUGUGGCAUUGAUCGGGAAUGGUAGUAGCGGCAUUCAGAUUUUGCCUGCCAUCAUCGAUCGAGUAAGUAAAAUCUAUGUGCAUAUUCGCAGUCCGACCUGGGUGACAACGGGCCUGGCGGAGAAAUUCGCGGGCCCGAACGGCAGCAAUCUGGUGUUCAGUGAGGAACAAAAAAAGCGAUGGGCAGAGAAUGGGGGGGAAUAUCUUGAAUAUCGAAAGCAGGUGGAGGAUUCGAUGAGUUCGAGGUUUCGCUUAUAUAUGGCGGGCUCCAAGAUUCAAGAAGCAGCACGAAAGUUUUCCACAGAACAAAUGACCGACAAACUGACCAGAGGAGGAAGGUCGCAGCUCACAAAGCUCCUCUUGCCAACCUUCGAAGUCGGGUGCCGACGCCCGACACCAGGAAACGGAUACCUCGAAGCUCUUUGCUCCGACAAAUGUGAAGUCGUUUGGGGUGACGUCUCUGCUUUCACUCCUGACGGAGUGCGCACCUCUGCCGGAACAGAGUCUAAAGUUGACGCCAUCAUAUGUGCUACGGGGUUCGACCUUUCCUGUGUACCAAGAUUUCCUGUAAUCGGAAGGAACCAGGUCAAUCUGCAGGAUAGCUGGAGGAGCAAUCCGGAGUCAUACUUGUCUGUGACCACAGCAGACAUGCCGAACUAUUUCACCAUCCUCGGCCCAGCGAGCCCCCUCGGUCACGGCAGCCUGGUCCCUUCAAUCGAAUUCGUGACUUCUUACAUCUGCGACCUUGUGCGAAAACUACAAACACAGAACUAUUCGUCUGUGUGCCCAAAGUCUCACAUACCAAGGGCAUUCCAAAAGCAAUCGCUGGCCUGGCUUGCGAGGACUGUCUGGGCAUCAAACUGUGCUAGCACGUUCAAGAACGGAACAGUCGAUGGCAAACUUGUGUCUCUACACCCUGGUUCGAGAUUACACAUGUUCGAAUUAUUGAGCACUCCUCGAUACGAAGAUUUUGACUGGACUAGCCUUAGUCCAGAUCCCGACCUCGCUUUUGUCUGGCUCGGGAAUGGUUUUACCAUUGACGAAGACGAAGUUUUCUAUAAACGAGGUCAAGCUGACUUGACGUAA